GUGGUUUUCAAUUCAAACAACAAAAUAGAACCAGCCAGCCAAAAAAUUCUGGCUUAGCCAUGCCCCACAUAAAUUCUUUGCUAUUAGAAUCUUUUUCAUACCAAUCAUUAUCAUCAUCCAUUCAAUCCAACACCCUACGAAACCAAGAUAUGGUAACACUUUCCAUAGAUAACACAAAACAUAAAAAUUCCUAGCUGAUACAAUACAAAGUUUGUUCUUUUUAUCGGUGAAUUGUAUAAGCAAGAUUGAAUUUUAAGCAUUCAUAUGGACUGGCGUUUGAAAUAAAACCUCUGGGAAUCAAUUCAUUUACAAAGCUGCUUUGGUGUUGAGCUACAUGGAUUUUUUAAGAGUAUGGUGAAGAAGGCGAUUUGUUUUUGAAAAUUUUGAAGAAACCUACACCUAAAAUAUAAAUGGGGUUGCCACAGGUAUCUUCAACCUACCUUGCUGAGGAGGUGGCAACUUCAAUAGGCACAUUUGUGCAAUCUACACCUAGGAAUAGAAUUGCCAGCAUAAGCAACUAUGAGUUGAAAUUGUUGGCCGGAGAAGAAGAACUUGGCAAAUGCAUGCACAUUCAUAUGCCUAGCUCUGAAAAAACAAAUGUUCUAGAGCUUUCAAAAGAAUCACCUAAUUCAAAUAUGUGUAAAGAUGGUAAGUCCAAGAUACAGAAAUUGAAGAUCGACUCCACGGAACAAAUUGGUAGGUUAUCUGUCAAUGCUGAGCAAACUAUGCAGAUACCUACUUCUAGAACUGUAGGUUUUCAAAUAAGAGCCUCAGCUCCUUGCGUUAAUGGUUUUCGUGGAAACAGAUAUUUGCCAACUGGAGUAUCUGAGUCUAACGUCAAAAAGCGAUUAUUAUCACCUUUGAACGUGACAUUGUUAGAAGAUAAUUUUAAAGGCGAUCACCUGGACAUUGGCAAUGAGUUUUAUCAAAGGUCUUCAGAGGCUGGUGAUGAUACUCUACAUGCGGAUAAGAAGGUUCAUAUUAGAAACUACAACAAUAUUCACUCUACACUUUGGUCUUCCUCUUGUUUUCAUCAACUUGUAGAUUCAUCAUGUAAUGACCCAAACCAAAUUUUAACGAGUCACGGCCAUUCAAACUGUGAAAUUGAGGAGCCAGUAUCUUUUAAACAUUACAAAUCAUUUCCUGCAUUUAAUGAUUUGGAGGAUUCAACUAAAAUGAAGUCACAAACAGAAACGAUCUUGAGACUUCAAAAUAAGGCGUCAUCACCUCGCUUCCCUUUAUCUCCUUUGGGUAAAAAAACUUGUACAGAUAAAAAAUUGGGAGAACGCAGAGAUUUUGAUACUAUGUUGAGUGAUGUCAAUCUGUUUACUCCUGAUAAUAUCCUUGAUAUGAAUGAGUAUUGGACUAGUCCUGCUAGCUUUCCUCCUCGGCAUGCAAAGUUAUAUGGAUCGGUGAAUAGGUUGCCAAUUAGAAGGUCCCUGGUCGGUUCAUUUGAGGAGUCACUAUUGUCCGGUCGUUUACCGUCUGAGAAAAAAAUUGAAGGCUUUCUUGCUAUGCUGAAUGUAACUGGAGGCAAUUUCUCACCUCAAUCGCGAAAAGUUCCAUUUGCAGUAACAAGUGUGGAUGGAGACAAAUACCUACUUUAUUAUUCAUCAAUUAAUCUUUCAGGAAAGUUAUUAUCAGGCAAGACUAGAGUAACUAAAUUUCAGAGAAAACUUAGCAUGGAUGAGUUGCGAUAUGUAAAGAGACGUAUGCGUAUACCUAUAAAAGGAUGUAUUCAACUGGUUCUCAACAAUCCAGAGAGUACACCGAUUCACACCUUCUUUUGCAAUUAUGAUUUAAGCGAUAUGCCAGCCGGUACCAAGACGUUUUUGCGGCAAAAGAUCACUUUAACCUCGUCUAGAUCGAUGUCUACAAAUGGAAAAGAAAUCCAAACAGAUUCUGAUACUGAUGCUAAGUUCUCAAGAAGAUGCCUUGUUGAUGAAGACUGUGACACAUUUCUAAAUGGUUCUUCAAAGAUCAACAACAAUUCUCUCAACAAUUGUAUCAUGCUUUAUGCUCUUCACCUUCGCUUUAUGUGCCCCUUGCCUAAGAAACAUUCAAGGUUUGUUCCUACUCGCAAUUCUGACCCUCCACCUUCGGAAGCAAGAAAUCUUAUGCACAAUGAACAUGAAAGAAGUUUCUACUUGUAUGAUGAUAUGAGAGUAGUGUUUCCUCAGCGUCACUCGGAUUCUGAUGAGGGCAAGUUGAAUGUGGAAUAUCAUUUCCCAUCUAAUCCGAAAUACUUUGACAUCAGCAGCUAAAAUGUCAAUGCAUCUCUGUCAAUGGUUUUGUACAUAUAAUUGUAAAUAUUGUAUGCAUACAAUUCAUAUCUUCUUUGAGUUUUGGGGCCAACUGCUCCAAUUUUUUUUUA